AUGUCUACGACCUCGCACACCAGCUCCGAAGGGCACUCUUCCGUCCCGUUCCCGAGCACGACAAACACCUCGACCGACUCCCUCUGCGGCUUCGCAUUCUCAUUCGAUCUCACCGGCGAGUUUCCGGAGAGCGGCGUGAGCGAAGCGGCUGUCCGAUCCCUGCGCAAGGCGGCGCGCAUCCUCGGCGAGCCCGUCGUGUUGACAGCCGAGGGCCAGCUUGUGCCUAUCAACCUAUCUGCUACGUUGCCGGACGAGGGAAUGGAGUUUGACACGGAGGCGUGUCCGAAGGGAAGUUGGGGGUCUGUCAAGAGGCUCUUCCGGCGCAACGGGCGGGAGGGGGCAAGGAAGCGGAGGAAAGUUGAGAAGGAGAAUGCAUUGGGAGAAGUCGUGUACGAGUACGAGGUGGUGGUGGAUGCCGAGGUCUGCGGCAGGGACAGUGCGGAUGGAAGGAGUGAGGGAUCGUGUGGAAGCAGACGUCCGUUAGUGGAGGCUGCUGGUCGUAGGGCCGCCGCGAAGGGUUUGAUCAGGAAGUGA